GCCAGCGUGACGUAUAAUCUAGUGGACGGUUCUUCAGAAACAGCUCGUCAAUCACCUCCGUAGCUUGCUAGCCAACAUAGCCGAAAGAUUCAAGCUAUUUAUACGCUUUCGAUGUAUAUUAGCUACUGUGUUUUAGACACACUUCUGUCGUAUCUACUUGUUAAAACCUAUUUCAUUUAAUAUUACGUUAUUUUUUAUUAGUCAGCUAUAGUAGCUGGCUGGUUAAGUUAGCUCUAGUCGCUAAUGAUAGCUAGCUAGCUAGCUAGCUAACAUCCCCGACCAUGAGCUCCCUAAACUACUACCCUCCUGUUAAAGAAGAGGGGAAAUGCUGGACGGAGAAAGAGGGUCUUUGGCUGAACAUUGUCGUGAAAGAGGAGGAGGAAGAGGAGGAUGUCACAGUAAAACAAGUGGAGGGUGAGGCUGUUACAGUGGAAGAAGAAGAGAAAGAUGUUUCAGUGAAAGAAGAGGAAGAUGCUGUUUUUGGAGUGAAGAAGGAUGGGGAGAUUACUGUCACAUUGAAAGAUGAAGAGGUGGAGAUAGGAGAUCUGAUUCACACCAGAGAGAGACGGGACUAUCGUGGAUCCUCUGGGGAGCCUCAACAACCUCAUGAUAGACCCACAGGGAGGAGAAUUCACUGCUGCUCUGACUGUGGGAAGAGAUUCACCUCCCCAUCAGGCAUUAAAAUUCAUCAGAGAACACACACAGGAGAGAAAUCUUAUAGCUGUGGUCAAUGUGGGAAGAGUUUUAGACAAUCUGGAAGUCUGACAGUGCACCAGAGAAUACACACAGGAGAGAAACCUUAUAGUUGUGAUCAAUGUGGGAAGAGUUUUACGACAUCUGGCUCUCUGACUCUCCAUCAGAGAACACACACAGGAGAGAAACCUUAUAGCUGUGGUCAAUGUGGGAAGAGUUUUGUUAAAUCUAGCAAGCUGACUCAACACCAGAGAACACACACAGGAGAGAAGCCUUAUAGCUGUGAUCAAUGUGAGAAGAGUUUUACUACAUCUGGCUAUCUGACUCUACAUCAGAGAAUACACACAGGAGAGAAACCCUAUAUAUGUGAUCAAUGUGGGAAGAGUUUUGUUACAUCUAGCUCUCUGACAUUACACCAGAGAACACACACAGGAGAGAAACCUUAUAGCUGUGGUCAAUGUGGGAAGAGUUUUGUUACAUCUGGCUAUCUGACUCUACAUCAGAGAAUACACACAGGAGAGAAACCCUAUAUAUGUGAUCAAUGUGGGAAGAGUUUUGUUACAUCUAGCUGUCUGACAUUACACCAGAGAACACACACAGGAGAGAAACCUUAUAGUUGUGGUCAAUGUGGGAAGAGUUUUAGUAAUUCUGGUGAUCUGACAGUGCACCAGAGAACACACACAGGAGAGAAACCUUAUAGCUGUGUUCAAUGUGGGAAGAGUUGUAGUAAUUCGGGUGAUCUGACAGUGCACCAGAGAAUACACACAGGAGAGAAACCUUAUAGCUGUGGUCAAUGUGGGAAGAGUUUUGUUUCAUCUAGCAAGCUGACUCAACACCAGAGAACACACACAGGAGAGAAACCUUAUAGCUGUGAUCAAUGUGGGAAGAGUUUUGGUCAAUCUGGCACUCUGACUCUACACAAGAGAACACACACAGGAGAGAAACCUUAUAGCUGUGGUCAAUGUGGGAAGAGUUUUGUUUCAUCUAGCAAGCUGACUCAACACCAGAGAACACACACAUGAGAGAAAUCUUAUAGCUGUGAUCAAUCUGGCAGUACACAAGAAAACACAUACAGUAGAGAAACCUCUUAGCUGUAACCAGAGAUAAUCUGAUAAAAAAUCUCUGAUCAAAUAUCAGAAAAUACAUACAUGGAGUUGUUUCAUGAUAUCAAUGAAUUAAUGUCACAAUGUAGAAUGUAUUGACAUUGCAGUAGGAGUAUUUUAAUGUCACAAUGUAGAACUCAAAACGCUAUUUCACCAGGAGAGUGAAAUCCUGCUGGCCUUUGAUGGGGAGAACAUCCACGUCCUUGAGGACGCCACCAUGGGACUUGGGGCUCUGCAUUUUUUAUUUUCCCUUAAAUUUCUCAAAAAUGUCAGAAAAACACUUAUGUUCCUAAGUUACUGUGUUUUGGGGUGAAGUUACCAGGGCCGGUCAUAAAGAUGGCAAACUUCCUAACAUAACUAAGUGGAUAUGAUAUACACACAAGCUGAAAAAUCUGCAUUUAGCAUCAAGUCCACAAUAUUGUUAGUUUACCUAUGAUUCUUUUUUAAUUUGUUUUUAUUGUACCUCAUUAUUUCAAAAAUGUUUAAAUGUCAUUAAAAGCACUAUACAAUGUAAAUGUAUUAUGGUCUGACAGGUCUGCAGAAAUGUUGCAAUUUUGUAAUGUGUUUUGUUUGGUCAAUUGCUUUGUAAAUAUCAAUUCACAUUUUGUGCCACUAAAUAAACUAUUAUUUAAGUCAAUAUUGUUAUAAUGGAGGGAGGGUGGACAGGGAGUUUUAAAAAAUUAACCCCAAAAGGUUCUUUGAGGAACCAUUUUAAUGGGUUCCCCCACAGUUUCAAUUUGAAGAACCCCUAAAGGAUACACUAGGAACCUUUUCUUUUUAGAGUCACCUUGUCAAAGAGACAUUUACAUAGAUAUACACAGCCCAAUUUGGGAUGACUAUUUUGGGGCGAAAUGGCAGCCACAACAGACAGACCUGAUAUCGCCCAUAAUUCGACGUCACGGGCUGACUGGGUAAGACCAAAGUUAUUCUCUUUAGCUACACUUUGUAGUACAUUUUUUACACGUUAAUAAAUGUUUCUGGUUCCACA